GCGAUCAAGACCUUGGAAGGGCUCGUCAAGCUGCAGACGGAGGAGUACGUCGCCAUGCAGGGCCAGCUGCGGGAUAAGAAUGCGGCGCUCUCCCACACCACGGGGCAGCUGGCCGUCCAGGAGCAGCAGCACCGCGACGCCACCGCGGAGCUGCACGAGGUGGUCAGACCGCACAGCACGGCUGUGCUCAAUCUUGCUGAUAGCAUCUCGGGCGACCCGAGCAAGUUGGAGCUCACGUGUGGCGAGGACUUGUUUGGGCUGGCAGAGUUCGUGGACGUCACAGGGGAUGGCAAGAGGCAGGCCAAGGCGCGCGAGACGGAGCUCGAGGCAUGGUUCCAGGAGACGGCGAUGGCGCUGUUCGGAGAGCUCAAAGCCAAGGCCGAGCAGGCCAAGCGUGACGAAGAUGAACUUCGGGAGCGCCUCAAGGCGAAGCGCCGGCCACGGCAAAUCUGCGCCGACGCCCUCGGGCAGCAGUCCGCGCCCUCCAGCGAGACCUUGCGCGACGGCGAGGCCGAGCCAGAGGCCCUGGCGGGCGCAGCGCCCUCGGAGGUGCGCCCUGGCUUCGCUCGGCACCAGCUCCUGCAGUGGUGCGCGCAGGAGGACGCGAAGGACGAUGGCAGAGAGCACUAUCCUGGGGCGCGGAACUUGGAUUGGAGCAGGCUGAUCGGGGGCGACGUCGUCGGCGGGGCGCAGGUUCUCGAGCUCUUCAAGUGCCAACCUAUGCAGAAGCAGCAGCCUCGGAUAGACAGCAGGAUGUGGAGGCUCGACAUCCCUGCAGGAGAUUUGGGCGACGACGGGGGCGAGCAGACGGCGCAGGCGUGGAAGAGGGCGGUGGAGGAUCUCGAGAGGGUCUCGCGCCCGCUCAUGGAGGCAGGCUCGGUCGCGGAUGAUGCGGCCCAGAGGCUCAAGUCUGCUCGCGAGGCCAUCGUCAGCAGCAAGGCCGAGGCGCCCGGCGGCGGGUGGAGCUCCACGGGGGCCGCUUUCGACGCGGCCGCGGCGCCGCCGGCCGCCGGCGCCGCCCAGCUG